GUCGCGUCAGUCCGCACUGUCCGUCCGUCUUUCGCAGCUUUCUUUUGCUCUCUCCUUGACUCAAAUCUUGAAGCGCUCCAAAUGUCAUGACAACCACCAAAGCCGCCGCCCACCAACCCCUCGGGCAGCGGCCUCUCCUCUCCCUUCCCGCGGCGCACAAGGGUGUCUGCCACAUAGUCCGGUACGACGCUAAUGGGAGAUAUCUCUUGUCGGGCGGAGCAGAUCGAACCAUCAAGCUGUGGAAUGCUGCCGCCUCCCCUCAACCAUCCAGCUCUUCAGCCGCACAACCCAUCAAGGUAUAUCAGGGUGCACACUCACACGAGAUCCUUGCUCUAGACAUCACACGCGAUAAUGCCCGCUUCGCCUCCGGUGGUCCGGAUAAGGCAGUCAUGCUCUGGGACGUACCUACGAGUACGGUGCUAAGGCGCUUCUCUGCGCAUCAGGGAGCGAUCAACGAUGUGCGCUUCGCCGGCCCAUCCAACGAUGGUGCUCAGGCACAAGUGCUCUGCACAGCGGGAUUUGACGGUGUGCUGCGCUUCUACGACCUGAGAGCCCAAGGUGCCUGGCGACCCAUACUGGAGGCUAAGGACGCCAGGGAUGCCAUUCAGACCAUCUGUCUUGGCGGGCAAGACGGUGCAAGUGUGUGGACGGGCAGUGUGGAUGGGGUGGUGAGACAAUAUGACUUGCGCAAGGGGACGUUGACACAGGAUACGGUGGAUGAACCUGUGGUCUCGUUAAGCCUCUCGUCGGGCGCGACGGGGGCCCAGCUACUCCUGGUCAGCACAAGCGAUUCGACGCAUCGUCUCCUCGACGUCGCAGAUGGAAGCCUGCUCCAAAGCUUCACGGGACACAAGAACGAGGCGUAUCGCUGCCACUCGACCCUCUCCUCUCCGAUCGAGGACCAAGUCGUGGCAGGGGAUGAGGAUGGCAAGCUGAGGACUUGGGAUCUGGUGACGGGCAAGCAAUCACAGGCUUUGGACGUAGCUGCGGGGGCUGAGACCACAAUACCGCCGCGAAGUGCUCGCUCACGAGCAGUCUUGUGGACGGAGUGCAAUCCAAGAAAGGAGGGGCCACUGCAAAUCGUCACCGGUGGGGCAGAUGGGGCAGUUCACGUCUGGUCUGCAUGACACGAGGAGAGAAAGGACAGAAAAUCGUCUACUUGGUCAUUUCUGAAGUCAUCGUGGGAGAGGGAAGCAACGGAAAGGUAGAUGGUCCAUUCGUCGUGCGCAUGAAAGGAAGCAAGAAUUUCGUACGUGGAGGAUGAGAUUCAAAAUGAGUUUGAGAAUGAGGGUACUCUUGAUGAUCUUGCUGAAGAUGCAAAGUGGGAAGGUCGCCGAGACGCUUACUCGGCGCCGGCCCUGUGUUGUGAUGUCGAGAUGAUUCCUGUGAUGCUGGAUGAUGCUUUACUUGUUCUGUCUAAUAGAG